AUGCCCACAGCAACAUGUCCAUCACGAUUCCUGUUCCCAUCCGAGUUUCUCCCCGCGCUGGAUUUACUCGAUCGCAGACUCGUUGUGAGGCUGAAGAUCAGUGAUGAAAAUGGAAAUACGCGAAACGAGGACUCAGCAGCACGGAAUAACUCCACAACGGCUCCUGCUCACGACUACACACCCUCAAGCAUCUACUACGUCUCCUCCGCUCAACCCCGUCGCCACGCAUCCUCCUACGACACGUCUACGUCCUACCAGGUCCGCCUGCGUGCGUGGAACUGCUCGUGUCCCGCCUUUGCAUUCGCUGCGUUUCCAGCCGUGCAUCCCGAGCCCACAUACCAGCCCAGCGACGCGACGGAGGAUGCAUGGUUCGGCGGCGUGAGCUUGGGCGAGGGUAUACCGCCUGUAUGCAAGCACCUGCUGGCGUGCGUGCUGGUGGAGAAGUGUGCGGGGUUGUUUGGGGGGUUUGUGGUGGAGAGGGAGGUCGGUGUUGAGGAGGCGGUGGGGUGGGCUGCGGGGUGGGGGGAUUGA